UUCGUUGUCCAGCGUGAAUUCUCCUACAAUGUCGAAAGAAGCCUCCCAAGACUCCCGAUCGAUAACGCCGGUCGAGGCUGUCGAGCCCCUCGAGGUUGUCGACGCCGAGAAGAAUGUUACGACCUCCCCAUACAAUGGCUCCGGCACGGUGGAAGAUCCCUUUAUCGUCGAGUUCCAGCAGGACGACAAGAGCAACCCCAUGAACUGGGGCCAGUUCAGGAAAUGGUUCCUCACAUCCAUCGUCACCUUUUCCGUGUUUGCUGUCACGUUUACGUCUUCGGCGUAUUCCGUGUCGGCUGAAGAGAUCAUGACCGAGUUUGACAUCAGCAGCACUCUCUUCAUCACCGGUGUCUCUGUCUUUGUGUUGGGCUUUGCAAUUGGCCCUGCUGUUUGGGGUCCUCUGGUAACUCCCCACGACGAACGCUCGAAUGCUAACCGCGCCUCGUUACAAUCUACAAGGUCCGAACUUUACGGCAGACAGAUGCCCUGGAUUGCCUCUCACACCGCCAUGGUCGCCUUCAUGGCAGGCUCUGCUGGCAGUCCGAACAUUGCUACGCUCAUCGUCCUGCGAUUCCUUGCCGGCACAUUUGGAGGGUCACCUCUCGUCAACUCUGGCGGUGCAAUCGCAGAUCUCUUUCCUCCUGCCCAGAGAGGUCUGGCCAUGACAAUCUACUGCGUCGCUCCCUUCCUCGGCCCCAUUCUAGGGCCAAUUGUCGGCGGGUUUGCGACUGAGUAUAUCGGUUGGAGAUGGGUGCAGGGCAUGUGCACCAUCUUUAUCGGUGUAAUUGGCAUCAUUGGCGUCAUCUUCGUCCCCGAGACAUAUGGUCCUGUGCUGCUACAGAGAAAGGCGAAUGCUCUGUCUAAAGCGGACGGAAAGGUCUACAUCAGCGUCCUGCAGAAGAACCAGGGCAAGAAGCAGCCGUCAGAGGUCUUUGGGCGAGCUCUGAUUCGACCUUGGGUCCUGCUCUUCCGCGAGCCCAUCGUUCUCAUUGCCUCGCUCUACAUGGCCAUCAUCUACGGCACCGUCUACAUGUUCCUGGGAGCCAUGCCCAUUGUCUACAACGAGCUUCGCGGAUGGAGCCCCGGAUUCGGUGGACUCGCUUUCCUGGGCAUGAUGGUAGGCAUCAUUAUCGGGCUGGGAUACGCCAUCUGGGACAACAAUGGGCGCUACAUGAAGCUGGAUCCCUCCAAGAGGACGGCUGAAUCCCGCCUGCCGCCAGCUAUUGCCGGUGCCGUUGCCCUCCCCAUUGGCAUGUUUGCCUUUGCAUGGACAAACUAUCCCAGCAUCCACUGGGCUGUUAGCAUUGUCCUGUCAGCACCAUUUGGCUUCGGCGUCGUCCUCGUCAUCUUGCCCAUCGUCAACUACCUGAUCGAUUCAUACACGGUGUAUGCCGCCUCUGUCCUGGCAGCAGCGGCAGUCUUCCGCUCCAUCAUGGGCGCUGUGUUCCCGUUGUUCACGUCCCAGAUGUACCACAACCUCGGCAUUCACUGGGCGACCUCCAUUCCGGCGUUUCUGACGCUGGUCUGCAUGCCGUUUCCAUUCUUCAUGUACCGCUAUGGCGCAGUUGUCAGGGAAAAGUGCAAGUAUGCUGCCGAGGCUGCCCAGAUCAUGAAGAAGAUGCAGGGACGAUAGAUUGAAUAUUCGAAGGGGUGGACGACUUACCUUAGAUUGCUAUGUCUGAUAGAACUGAGAGGAGAAACCCUCUUCUAUACCAAGUUAGAACAAUUGACCAUCUGUCAGCUUUUGAAGCUGUCAUUACUUAUUACUUUCA